AUGGCCAGGAGCAGUGGCAGCGGCAGUGGCAGUGGCAGGAAGCGGAGGCCAGAAACGAAGGCGAUGGCGGCGCGUGCUCCUUGUCUGCUAAAUACUCGACACUUGCACAUUAUCGAAUUGAAUGCAACAGGACUUGCCGAAAGCUAUCCUUUGCAGUGUCCCUCACUGCCCACAUCGCACGGCAUUUACACAGUUCAAGUGUCGGGACUGGAUCCUUUUCAGGUGUCAUGCGAUGCCAAAAUUGCCGGUCCUGGUUGGACUGUGAUUGCCCGUCGCACCAGCAAUAAAUUGAAUUUCUUUCUCAAUUGGGUGGAGUACAAAAAUGGAUUUGGCGAUCUCACAAAGGACUUCUUCAUUGGAUUAGAUAAACUGCACGCCAUAACUAAGUCACAGCCCCACGAACUAUACAUACACCUGGAGGACUUCGAAGGACAGACGCGCUAUGCGCAUUACGAUGACUUUUUCGUUGAAAGUGAAAACCAAUUUUAUGCAAUGACAAAGUUGGGCAUAUUUACUGGAGAUGCCGGCGACUCCCUGAUCCAGAACAAGAACCAAAACUUCUCCACUUACGACAGAGAUAACGAUGCGUGGGACAAGAACUGUGCCGCAGAGUACAUGGGUCCUUGGUGGCACAUCAACUGCACUCAUAGUAAUCUUUUUGGCCUGUAUCUUCACGGAGACGAAGGUGAAAUUUUGCAAUGGAAGGGUAUAGUUUGGCCUUCUUGGCGAAAGGAGACAUAUUCGUAUAAAGUGAUGCAAAUGAUGAUUCGGCCCAAAUGCUUAUGUUCAAUGAGGAAAUAG